UUGUGUGUUUCUACCGAAUACCCUUGCAAUACCCCUCCAUUAAUCAGAUAAUAUGGGUAACGGUGCCAAAGCCGCCCAGAAGCGAGAGAGGAAUGCCGAUAAGGCUCCCAAAGGCUCAAAGAGUCAGGCCAAAGUGAACGAGUCUGCAAAGUCCAUAGUUUGCGGAACCUGCAAGCAGUCUUUUCUCGUUACCACUCGUGCACCAGCCCUAGAAGAACAUGCUCAAAAUAAGCACUCAAAGACAUUGUCGGACUGCUUCUCAGGUUUUGCAGCUUAAUGGUUGGUUUUUAUAGACAUCGGGGGGGAGGGGGGUGUCACGACAUCCCUGAUUAUGAACGAUGCAUUCAUUACGCCUUCUAUGGCGAGAGUCGUACUUUUGUCGAGGAAAUAAUGAUGCAGCUCGAAAGGCGAAUAUUGAAGUCUAGUCCUCUC